UUAUGGAGGGGGGGGGGGAGGAGGACGAUCAGCUGUUAUGUAGGGGGUUUCCGGGAUGGAUGCAACAUAAAUCAUUAUUCUUAUUAAAACAAUCACACCAAAAAAACCCGAAAGGAACAGGAUGUGACUUUUGAGGGAUUUUUUUUUCUUUCUUUGUUCCAUGGACGUAAUCUCAGUACCCUGCUCGCCACAUACUCAAAUUCUCCACUUAGAAUGGCUGUACUCAUCAGUUCAUCACUCAUCAGUUCAUUUCACAACCACCUGUCCAGAAUCACAAGGUGGUGUCAUUUAUUACCAGUGACAACACGUCAUUUGGAUAUCAUUCAAAUAGACUUUAAAAGGGUGCAAUGUCUAAUGCAAAUGUUCAGCCAGUCAGGGCCCGAAGAGGAGUUUCAGUUUAUUUAAGAUUGUGAGGUUUUGUCUUUUUUAACCCAGACUCAUUUAUGCGUCACGAUGACCGCUUGUCACUUAAAGGUUCAGUUCACCCGACUACAAGAAAAUCCUUUUCUCACUUCAUCUCCAGCGGUGACGCAUUUGACAGGUUUUGAGACGUGUGAGAGAUCACCGAUCAUCCCAAACAACGGAGGCGGGAGAAGAGUUUCGUGGUUUGAUUCUCACAGAAUAAUAUUGAGAUUUUUAUAUGCUAAUAGUCUCAACAGAAAGAGUAUCCCACACAGCACAGUGCCGCUGCCUCUCUGUGGACUACUGGAAAUGGUUGUUGCUCCUAAAUGAUUGACGAGUUCCACUAUUUUCCCUUCUGUAAGCGUCACGACAAAAGGAAAGAAAACCCACCAUUGCCCCGGGGUGCAGAAAUGCACGAUAACAUAAGCAAGAUACGUCUUUUGCAAACACUGCUCAAUCGAGGGGUUGGGAUUCGAGGUAGAAUGGAUUCCCGUAGUCAAGUUACCAGCUUUUUUUUUUUUGCAAACAAAAUUUGCAAUGCAUAGUUGCCGGGGUGUGUCCCGAGUGCACCAGACUUCAAGUGAGUGCAUCUUCUGAAAGGAAAGAUCAGCUCAUCGAUGCUUUCGACCAUGGUGGAUAUACUUCCAUUGUUGCACUGAGUUGUCACAAAAGUCAAACCAGAAGGACAAAAUGAACAAGAAAAGGUACUUUCUGGAGCCUCCAGAGGUCAAAGACUACCUGGUCAAAGGAGAGCGAUUCACCAAGUGGUCCGAGGACUCCACAAAAACCGUUCCUGUCACCAUGAAGAUGGAUCCAAAAGGUUUUUACGUUUACUGGGUCAACCAAAGCAAGGAGACAACGUUUCUGGAUGUGGCCACUGUCAGGGACACGAGAACAGGAAAAUAUGCCAAACUCCCCAAACACACCAAGGUUCGCAACGUGUUCAACAUGGACUUCCCGGACAGUAACCACCUCACCAAAGUUUUGACCAUCGUCUCAGGUCCGGACACGGUGAACCUGACCUACCACAACUUCUUUGCCUCCAAGGACAAAGUGUCACAGAACUGGGCAACCGACAUCCUGGCCGUCGCCUACAACGCGGCGAGAAACAAUGCGUGCAGAUACGUGUUCCUGGAGAAGAUAUACACCCGACUUUCUCUUCACACCAACAAGGACGGGAAGAUCCCAGUAAAAAAUAUUUACAAGAUGUUCCCUGCGGAUAAGAAAAGGGUGGAGAGCGCCCUGGCGUCAGCACACCUCCCCAAAGGAAAGUUUGACACCAUCAAGUCCGAUGUCUUCACCGAGGCGGCCUUCAAGGUCUUUCUGCAAAACCUGUGCCCUCGGCCUGAGAUCUAUGAGAUCUUCACUUCUUACUCCAACAAGCCCACCAUGACGAGGGAGAAUUUCACCAAGUUCCUCAACGAGAAGCAGAGGGACUCGCGGCACAACGAGGAGCUGUUCCCCCGCCUGCGUCAGGAUCAGAUCAAGGCUCUGAUGGACAAAUAUGAACCCGUGUCUUCCAAUUCAAACAGAAAUCUGAUUUCUCCGGAGGGUCUUUUGUUCUUCCUGAUGGGGCCCGAGACGUCGGUCGUCAUGCAGGACACGCUGGCCAAGAGUCAGGACAUGACUCAGCCGAUACCCCACUACUUCAUCAAGUCCUCCCACAACACGUACCUGACAGCGGGACAGUUCUCGGGCGUGUCCUCUCCGGAGAUGUACCGUCAGUGCCUGCUGUCCGGCUGCCGCUGCCUGGAGCUGGACUGCUGGAAGGGAAAACCACCGGAGGAGGAGCCCAUCAUCACUCAUGGCUUCACCAUGACAACCGAGAUACUCUUCAAGGACGUAAUCGAGGCCAUCGCAGAGAGCGCUUUCAAGACCUCCCAGUAUCCGGUCAUCCUCUCGUUUGAGAACCACGUCGACUCGGUUAAACAGCAGGAGAAGAUGGCCAACUACUGCAAAACCAUAUUUGGGGAUGCCCUGCUAACCGACCCGCUGGACAAAUACCCCCUGAAGGCGGGCCAGCAGAUCCCCAGCCCGUCUGAGCUCAUGGGGAAGAUCCUCAUCAAGAACAAGAAGGGCAGCCACGAAAAGCCGGCCCAGGCCAAGAAAACCGGCGCGGCAGCGGCAGCCGCCGACCAGACCCCAGCCGCCGACCAGACCGCUGCCGCAGCUGCCGCCUCGGCCGGCCUGGACCCCAACGCCGCGCCCCAGGACCCCGCCGACCCGGCUCCGUGCAGCCAGGAGAACCACGAGGUGGAGACAGCUGUGGAGGACGCCGAGGAACAAGAGGACACGGAGGAGCAGGACGAGGAGAAAAUGAAGACGUCGGAUGAGGGCACAGCUGGGCAAGAAGUCACAGCCUACGAGGCCAUGUCGUCCCUGGUCAACUACAUCCAACCCCAUAAAUUUGUCUCUUUCGACAAUGCCAGAAAGAAAAACAAGAGUUACGUCAUCUCAUCUUUUGUGGAGACCAGAGGGGAGGCGAUGAUUUCCAAGACUGCUGUGGAGUUUGUUGAAUACAACAAGAGGCAGAUGAGCAGGAUUUACCCCAAAGGGACGAGAAUGGACUCGUCCAACUACAGCCCCCGGCCCUUCUGGAACGUGGGCUGCCAGAUGGUGGCGCUCAACUACCAGACGAUGGACUUCCCAAUGCAGCUCAACAUGGCUCUGUUUGAAUUCAACGGCAGGACCGGCUACCUGCUCAAGCACGACGUCAUGCGCCGCGGCGACAAGAAGUUUGACCCUUUCUGCGACAGGAUCGACACGGUCAUCGCGAGCACACUGACCAUAAAGAUCUACUCAGGCCAGUUUCUGUCGGACAAGAGCGUGAAGACGGGCGUCGAGGUGGAGUUGAUCGGCCUGCCGGGAGACCCCAAGAAGAAGUACCGCACCAAAUGGUCCCCCACGCCCAACGCCAUCAACCCGGUGUGGAACGAGGAGCCUUUUGUUUUUGAGAAGAUCCUCAUCCCAGAAAUGGCCUCUCUGAGAAUCGUAGUCCACGAGGAGAACGGCAAAUUCCUGGGGCACAGAAUUAUUCCGCUGGACGCCAUCCAGUCAGGUUUCCAUCACAUCUGUCUGCGCAGUGAGAGCAACAUGCCGCUCACGCUGCCCGCGCUCUUUGUGUACAUCGAGGUCAAGGACUACAUCCCGGCAGCCUUUGCAGAUUUCACCGAUGCCCUUUUCAAUCCAACCAAGGGAGCGGAGAAGACUACGAAGGCCCCGAAGGAGUCGUCCUCCGACUACGUCUCUCCCUACGAGAAGCCUCUUGUGGUUCAGACGCCAGCGGACGCAGCCGAGGGAAGCGAGGCCCCCGCUGCAGAACCGGCAGCGUCCCAACCUGCCCCCCCGGCUGACGCCGACGACCCGUCGCCCGGUUCUGCUCAGAGCUCGGAAGAAGCGGAAGGAGGGGCCGAGGACAAGUCCGACGCCCGACAGACUGCAGCGGAACCUGCGGCCGGAGAUGCCGGCGCGGACCCGGAGAUCCCCACGCCUGAACCCCCCCCCGAGGCCCCCGCUUCGCCUGACGAGGCCUCGGCCCCCGAGAAGGAGGCGGCCCAAGAGGCCGAGGCGCCUUGUGCAAUCAAAGAGGAGCCGGCGAAGGACUCCCCCGCGACCCCAGAGCCGGCUCCGGGUGACGCAACGGGCCCGGAGGCCGCCGAAGGGCCCGCCGCUGUGGCCCCGCAGUCGGUCGGGUCAGGUGACCCGUCUCCGCCGUCCAGCGAAGAGCCGUCGACUGUGACCGUUGAAGAACUGACACGCCACAAGAACUAUCUGAAGGUCGUCAAGCGUCAGGAGAGAGACGUGAGAGAGGCGGAGAAGAAGUGUCAGAAAAAGGGAGACGAUCUGAUGCAGAAACACUCGGACGCGUUCAAGGCCAUCAAAAAGAAAGCGUCUUUGAAGAAAAAAGAGGGAGGGGGAGACACAUUUGACUCUGAGCGCGUGCAGGAGCAGAAGGAGAAGAUGCGGGUGGAACUGCAGGACCUGUGGACGGAGCAGCAGGAUCACCUGAAGAAGAGGAAGGAGCAGUGUGCAACGGAGCGACUGGCCAAACUGUUGGAGCUGGCCUCAGAGAGACACGCCAUGGAACUGAAGACCCUGGAGAGAGAAGAGAAUAAGAAGAAGACACGUUCAUCCUCGGGGAAAGCAAAGUUGAAAAGGGGAACGAGCACAGAGGUGUUGGAUGAGCCCAGUCAGUCUGACUGUACAUCUGCAGAUUGCAGCCCGCGGCAAGAGACUCUCGUGAAGAAACAGGCCGCAACGCUGGAGGAGAUCAAGACGCUGACUAAUCAGCUCAACAACGAGGUUCUGCAGGAGCACCACCAGAAGCUCAGGGCCCUGCCGGCCGAGGUGAAGCAGGCCGUCAACGCCUGCCUCGGGGCUCACUUCCCCCAACUGGUCGACCAGGCCGGAGACACGAAGGAGGCGGCGGCGGAGGCGGCGGGCGUCUACGCGGACGUCUUCCUGGGCUAGGCGUGCCUUUUGACCCCCUGA